AAAAGUUGAGAUUUAGGAUAAAUUGGAGGUGAAAUGACGAAAAUACCCUCUUUUAUUUUCCUUCCUCUUUUCUUCUUUUUCCUUUUCUUCAACCCGAAGACAGAAGGCCGUUCAAAAGAAAAACGUAAACUCGCAUUUGAACUCUCCCGCGUCUGCAGUUACCCUCUUCAACUCUCUCCCGGCUCCGGUGAACGUUUUUCUCUUCCGUCCAUUUCUUCUCCACUUCCAUCCAUUUCUUCUUCACGACUCUCCGCUAUAUUUUCCGAUUUCAACUUGUUCACCGAACGUCUCCAUUUCUUCUGCACGGGUCUCCAUUUCGACUUCAUCUCCGGCGGACGCUUCUCCACUUCCAUCCAUUUCGAUUUCAGGUUUGUUUUCACCGGACCUCUCCAUUUCUUAUCCACUCCUCUACAUUGGCAGUGCCGUAUCCAUCAUCUUUGAAGUCAAGUCUCAGUAUGGCUUCGACAUCAACUAACGGUCCCAUGUACAAGAUUGACCCUGCUCAUCAUUUUCAGUCUAUAGUAAGUAGUUUAGCACAUUUAGAAAACAGUACACGUACAAUAAAGGCUAAAUUGAAACCGGAUCAAUUAACCUUAUUUAGAAAUACAAAGUUCGGCCACUUUUUGGAUCUGAAUAUAAUCUUUAAUGGGCCGCUCAUCCACUACUUAUUGUUAAGAGAGGUGGAAGAUGAAAGGGUUGAUCACAUAAGUUUCAAGAUAGGAGAAGUCGUGUGCAGUUUUGGAAGGAGAGAAUUUAAUAUGAUGACGGGUCUAUGGAGUUCUCAACCAGAGCCUAUUGAUUUGGUUGGGAAUAGUAGGUUGUUGGAGAAGUUCUUCGAACAAAAAAAGUGUAUUUAUAUAAGUGACUUAGAGGACACAUUUGUGGAAUACGAGGGGGAUGACGAUGACGAUGACAUAGUUAAAUUAGCUCUAGUUUACUUUAUAGAGAUGUCAUUGUUAGGAAAAGAUAGGCGGACGAAAGUGGACCGAACUUUAUUUAGGAUUGCAGAUGAUUGGACCACAUUUAACAAUUACGAUUGGGGAGGGUUGGUUUUUGGACGUACACUUUCUGCCUUAAAACGAGCCUUGGACAUGCAACAUGCGAAGGGAAAGAAUAAAUCAACUAAGACAAAAUAUACUGUCAUGGGAUUUCCGCAGGCGUUACAGGUUUGGGCAUAUGAGUCUAUACCAACCAUCACUGAAUGUGGUGUACAUAAAGUAAGCAACGAUGCAAUACCACGAAUGCUGAGGUGGGUGUGCGAACUAUCGCCGAAGUCUCAUGUCCUACAGAGGCAGGUGUUUGACUCACCAAUGUUCUUAAUUAACGUGGUAAUUGAGAUGAUGCCUGAAGAGGAGGAGCAUCUAAGAAUGUCUUCAGGGGAACUUGUUGAGAAAACUCAUCCAUAUAACACCGUUUCUGAGAAGAAUGGUGAUUCAAAACGACCAGGAGAAGCUAGUAAUGAUGACAAUGACUGCAAAAAGAGUAAGAAAAAGAAGAAGUGGAAGUCUAAGAUGAAAGAAGUUGUUCGAAAACUCAAAUAUCGAGUAGCGGUUCUCGAGAAUGAACGUGAAAGCCUAAAAUCAAUGCUGUCGACUAUAUUGAAACACCUUGAAGUUCAAAAAAAGGGUGAAGAAGGAGACUGCACGGGAGUUGAAGGUCAUGAUGCCCAGACCGAAGAUGUUGACACACCCGGUACACCUUCUUGGUUGAGGAUGCCCAAGGAGGAUGACACAAGUGAUGGGGUGAAACAUGUUGAACGUCAAAAGCAGGGUGUCGAAGCAAACCGCACGGAGGAUGACACAAUGGAUGAGUUGGAUAAGAAGGUUCAUAUUCAUUCGGAGGAGCCAGUAGACGUCGUUGACGAUUUGAACGAGGAAAUUGGAGUAAAAAGUCUUACUUAUUUUGAUUCAGACGUCAUGGAAAUAGAACCAUUAUCCACUGAACGACCACAUGUUCGGCCCGCACGUAGCAAGCGUGCAAGUGUAUACUUGUCAACCCCCUUCACAGCUUUAGAUAAACGGACUACAAAAUCAAUCACCACCACCUCUCAGUCUCAACCAUCCGUCUAUGAUCCUAUGCACAAAAUACCUGACGCCCAUUUAGAUCGACUCAGAGCUUGGAUCACAGACAAGCGUACGAAAGAUGAGGUGCGUGAAACUUUUCACGGGAAAAAAUCGAAGGAGUUUUUCAGAGACUUGUUCAUGUGUCGUCGGUGGUUGGCGGAUGAGCAUUUGGAUGCACUGUUUCUUCUCAUUCGCUUCAACAUUAAGACAGCCAUGAUACCUACUGCUCAAAACUUCACAACUGUAGACACACUAUUCAUGCGACUAUUAGUUGCGAAGUGGCCUGAAUACCAAGAAUGUAUUAAAGAGAAUCGACCAUUUCACUGGAAGGAGGAGUAUCGGUUGGUUGACUAUGUUGUCGGAUCAAAACAAGACUGUCAAGAUCCUUGGGUGAAUGUUGAUUACAUUUACUCUCCAUUCAAUAUCCAUGGCAAUCAUUGGAUUCUAUUAUGCUUGGACUUCAAAUGCAGCAAGGGCUGAACCUUUAAGUAAUCAGCAAGGGCUGAACCUUGUAAAAACUAACAGAGGCUGAACCUUGAAGAUGAAUGUAAAAACUAAAAGUAAUCAGCAAGAUUUGCAUCAUUAAUACUGCAGUAGCAAAAGGAGAGCAUUUAUUGAGUUCUAAAGCACACAAUAUUGUCAUAAUAGGAUUUCAAGUCUUUCUCAAAAAGCUUGAAAUGCCAAAGGAGUAAAUAUUCUAUAAACAGUUCACUGUAGGAUAAAAAAAAAA